AUGUUGAGCGUGUCGUCUCUGGACAUCUACGCGGCGGUCUUGGCAGCCAUGCUGCUUGUCCUCUUCAUGCACAACACGAUCAGCGUGAUUCUUUCUGAGUUGGAGUGGCAAAGAUUGUCCUCAUUCACCGCUGUGCUGUCCAGGAACAUCUUUGAAGAACGUCACUGGCCGUCUUGGACAUGGUGGUCACUCGUACGACAAGUAUUCUUGCUCACUGGUAAUGUAUUGUUAGUAUUCGUGGGGAUGACUGACAUCAAGGAUGCUGCACGUGAGGCUGGGACUCUCGCGAUGCUCAACAUGGCCUUCUUCUACCUCAGUCCACAUCUGUCAUACCUGGGCGAUCUGCUGGGUCUCUCCCUCGAUACCGUCAAAACUCUUCAUCGGAUGAUGGUGUUGCCUUUCCUCUUGCUUACCGUCUUCCACUUGGUUGUUCUGCACCCUGCCCAGAACGUGUUCGCCAAGCCUUUCUCCAAAGAACUGUACGGUGUGAUUGCAUCCCUGGCUGUGGCAGUGUUGCUCCUGUCAGGAUUUCGACCACUUCGACGUCGUUUUUACGAAGCAUUCCUUCGUGUUCACCAGGUUCUGGCUGGCCUGAUUCUGUGCAUGGUGUGGAUGCAUAUUCGUGACACGACCAACAAGAGGGCACAAUAUACUGCGAUAGUAACUGCCGGCGUUUUCGGCAGCCUAGGCUUAGGACAAAUAGUUUGGAUCCUCCUCUCGAACAAGCUGUUUGCGCGUGGUUUUCCUCGAGCCCGCACUGUGGCGAUAGCCAACGUCCUACACAUGACUGUCGAGUCACCAAUCAAACUCAAGGUUCACCCAGGGCAGUACAUCAAUCUGUGUUUACCAGGAGUCAGUAUCUCAUCCUUUCUACAAAGCCACCCCUUUAUCGUGGUUUCCGCGCGACAUUGUGACGACAAGACCGUCCUAGAGCUGGUGAUUGAGGCGAAACGUGGGUGGACGUCCAGGUUGUUGGCCCAGCCUGAUUAUGCUCCGCAUGCCCUGGAUGGGGAGACUGCACCACGCCAGCAGUCCUUCCGCUGCAUCUUCAGCGGUCCUCAUGGCCCCCGUCAUGUCUUGGACGAUUAUGGUGUCGUGGUCCUGGUAGCGUCAGGCUUGGGAGCAGUAGGUUUGCUGCCUUACCUAGAGUAUCUCCUGCAAGGACAUAGCAAUUCUACGGUGAAGGCUGGCCGGAUUCAUCUGGUGUGGCAACUACGACAUCCUGGUAAGUGGUCGGUGGUUUCGUUCUAUAAUGCUUCUGCUGAACCGAGUUUAGAAGACGGGAGACCAGUCUCCGACUUGUUGGAUCAUGCUUUGGAUGCAGAUGCAGUAGACAGUGGCUAUGUACGUGCUCAUAGGCAUCAUCAAACGCAGACACCACGACUGACCGCGGCAGAUCAUGAGAGUGUCAAUCUACCACUCGUCUGGAGAGAGUCCACCUCGGCCGGGGCGACGAGUGACCUUUUACCAAGGCUGGGCUGA